GGCGAAGCUUAUCCGACAGGCGUUCCCAGCAGCUACACCAGUAGCUGUAACUGGCAACCAGACUGUAGACAUGUGUGGAAUCUUUGCCUAUCUCAACUAUCAUGUGCCAAGGACUCGCCGUGAGAUCCUUGAGAUCCUUCUCAAAGGCCUGCAACGUCUGGAGUACAGAGGCUACGACUCAGCUGGUGUCGGUAUCGAUGCCGGCAAUGGCAAAGACUGGGAGUCAAAUGCCAAGUCUAUCCAACUGAUCAAGCAACGUGGAAAAGUGAAGGCUCUUGAUGAGGAGAUCCAUAAACAGCAGGAUAUUGACCUGGAUGUGGAGUUUGAUGUUCACCUCGGCAUUGCUCACACCCGCUGGGCCACCCACGGUGUACCGAGCCCGGUUAACAGCCAUCCACAUAGAUCUGACAAGACAAAUGAGUUCAUUGUCAUUCACAAUGGAAUUAUCACCAACUACAAAGACCUGAGGAAAUUCUUGGAGAGCAAAGGCUAUGAGUUUGAGUCAGAGACUGACACAGAGACCAUCGCCAAGCUUGUGAAGUACAUGUAUGACAACCGGGAGAGUGAUGACAUCAAUUUUGCCACACUGGUGGAGCGGGUGACCCAGCAGCUGGAGGGAGCUUUUGCCCUGGUCUUCAAGAGUGUCCACUACCCCGGAGAGGCAGUCGGCACAAGGAGGGGAAGUCCGCUGCUGAUGGGAGUGAGAAGUGAUCACAAGCUGUCCACAGAUCAUAUUCCUGUGCUCUACCGGUCCUCCGGUAAAGACAAGAAAGGCUGCAGUGCCCUACCCAGGGCCGACCAGGACACCUGCCUGUUCCCUGUGGACGAGAAAGCUGUGGAGUACUACUUUGCCUCUGAUGCAAGUGCUGUGAUCGAGCACACAAACCGUGUGAUCUUCCUGGAGGACGACGAUGUCGCUGCAGUGAUGGAAGGCCGGCUGUCCAUCCACAGGAUAAAGCGUAGGGCCGGAGACUAUCCAGCCCGCGCCAUCCAGACCCUGCAGAUGGAACUACAGCAGAUCAUGAAGGGCAACUACAGCUCCUUCAUGCAGAAGGAGAUCUUUGAGCAGCCCGAGUCUGUGGUCAACACCAUGAGGGGGAGAAUCAACUUCGACAACAACACAGUGAUCCUGGGUGGACUGAAGGACCACAUCAAAGAGAUCCAGAGGUGUCGGCGACUUAUCCUUAUUGCCUGCGGCACCAGCUACCACGCCGGGGUGGCGACCCGCCAGGUCCUGGAGGAGCUGACCGAGCUGCCUGUCAUGGUGGAGCUGGCCAGCGACUUUUUAGACAGGAACACUCCCGUCUUCCGAGACGACGUCUGCUUCUUUAUCAGCCAGUCAGGGGAGACUGCUGACAGCCUCAUGGCCCUGCGCUACUGUAAAGAGAGAGGAGCUCUGACUGUGGGCAUCACCAACACGGUGGGCAGCUCCAUCUCCAGGGAGACCGACUGCGGAGUCCACAUCAAUGCCGGGCCUGAGAUCGGAGUAGCCAGCACCAAGGCUUACACCAGCCAGUUUGUGGCCCUGAUCAUGUUUGCACUCCUGAUGUGCGAUGACAGGAUCUCCAUGCAGCCCAGACGCCGUGAGAUAAUCCAGGGCCUGAGAGUGCUUCCAGAUCUCAUUAAGGAGGUCCUCAGUUUGGAUGAUGAGAUCCAGAAGCUGGCGACAGAGCUGUACCAGCAGAAGAGUGUACUGAUCAUGGGCAGAGGCUACCAUUAUGCUACCUGCCUGGAAGGAGCACUGAAAAUCAAGGAAAUCACGUACAUGCAUUCAGAGGGCAUCCUGGCUGGAGAGCUGAAACACGGCCCCCUGGCCCUGGUGGACAAACUCAUGCCGGUCAUCAUGAUCAUCAUGAGAGACCACACCUACAUAAAAUGCCAGAAUGCCCUGCAGCAAGUUGUAGCCCGCCAGGGCCGCCCCAUUGUGAUCUGUGACAAAGACGAUUAUGAGACCAUCAAGAACUCUAGCCGCAACAUCAAAGUGCCUCGCUGUGUGGACUGCCUGCAGGGCGUCCUGAGCGUCAUCCCGCUGCAGCUGCUGUCCUUCCACCUGGCUGUCCUCCGAGGUUACGACGUGGACUGUCCAAGAAACCUGGCCAAGUCUGUGACAGUGGAGUGAACCGCACCAUUCAUCAGCUCACAACAAAAGCCUGGCAGACACACAUUCAAACACACGCACAGACGGCGAGGGAGCGUCUGUAUGCAGAAACCAAGAGAAGACAAUGUCCCGUUUAUGUGUCACGGCUCUUUUUAAUGCGAUCUUGUACUCAACAGUUGUGUAUCUGCAUAUUACCUGUAUCUCACUGUCUAUUUUCUCAGAAACCUUUGGCAUCAUUGUCAUAUUGUUAUUAUUAUUAUUAGUAGUAGUAGUAUUAGUAUUAGUAUUAUUUGUAUUAGAGCAGUUGUUUUGGUGGCAAGGUCUGGGCUGGCACUGACAUCUUCAGUACUCUCUGGGUUUGUGAAGCCGUAGCGACUGACCGUGAUCGUUUGGGUUUAUUCUCAUUUGUGCUCAACUUGUGAGUAAGCCCUCCAUGUAUAUUUGUGCUGAUUAGUCUCACUGGGAGCUUCUCGGAGCUGAGGUUAAAGCUGUUGACUAAAAGAAGUUAGCUUUAAUAGACAUUACUGACUCUUUUUUUUGUUUGUUUGUUUUUUCGUCUUCGUGCAAUGAUUUGUAGUUUAGUUGGGAUAUUUUUCUUUGGCAGCUAAUCAUUUGAAGUGUCUUUACUCCACAGUUGAAGUAAACGACAGUCUUAAAUCAUUCCAAGCCACAGGUCAGCGCUUCAUAAUUGCAGCACACUUUGCCAAAUUUGACUCAGAUUCUCUCUUUGACUUUCCUCUGAGGACACACAACUUACAGCAGGAGCAGCAUCACAUGUUAGAUCACAGAAAAAAAGCCUGUGAAUACACUACUGUGUAAAAAUAUUCUUGAGUAGCUUGUUACUGUAUAGACCUAUUGUUUCAGAUUUCAAACUCUGGUCUUAAUGAGAAUACGCCUGUUACCAUACACUGUUUCUGCUUAUUAUUUGCUUCUAAAGCUAUUUGUGCACAAUUUAGUGUUCUUUUGUUAAUAUCUGUUGCCUCGUUGCUCAAAAGGGGGGACCUUAUUGCUGGUUUGAGGCCUCCAGUUAUAUUUACACUAGAAACUGAAGUAAUUUAUGUGAGCUAGAGUUACUAACCUCAAGUAGAAGCUGUACCCAGUUGCCAGCCCACGCCUGGCCACCAUGACUUCUGCAAUAUUGGGACCAUUUGAAGCAAAAUCGUCUUUCUCUUGUUACAUUUCUUUUUCUUCCAAAAAAAAAUUUUGUAUUAUUGAAGUCACUCUCUGAUUUGAAAUGUGAAUGUUACUGUCAUUUGAAAUGUCCUGUCAAACCAAAAAACUCUACAAUGGCUUUGGCAGUUGUAAACCAAAACAUUUUAUAUGUUCAUCCUAUAUUGUUUUUGUAGCCAAACAUGUACUGAUGCUGGUAGAUUCUGUGCUAUGAAAAAAAUUGAGGCCUAAAGAGAGUAUAUACACACAGUUUUAUGGCAGUAUGUCAGACUGUAGAUGUUUAUUUAGAUAGAACAUCAGAUGUGUGUGUGAGAUCCCAAUUGUCUGCUCCAAAAGCCAAGGAAAGGGAGAUGUUGGACACACCCAGUUGUGUAGUGGAGAAAUAUGAGCUGCUUGUUUUUUUUAAAUUCCAUCACAUAUUUUAAGUUUAAAAGAUAUUUAUCUUGCUUUUGCAAUCAAGCCUUAACUCAAUUUGUUGCAUUUCUUUUCCUGAGCCAGUGAAUGGGUUUAAAAACUGGACUUUGUUGUUACAGGUACUUUUGUAACCUACAUGAGCAGAUUUAGGUUUUUUUUUUUUUUUUUC